UCAAAGGUGGCAUAUUGGUUAAAUUUCAAUGACACGCAUACAAAUUGAAAUUAUUAAAAAUUAUGCUAUUUAUAUAAUUUUUAUAAUAAGAAAUUUAAAGAAACAAAUUAUUAACAUUUUAAAAAUUAUAGUUACAAAAAAAAAUGUAUAUGUACUUAAUAAUAUAAUAAAUCUGUCACUUUAUUCUUAUCCUUAGAAAAUAUAAUUUCCUUUGGGUACGUGAAACAUUUUUAAAACGUUAAUUAGAAAAAUUUGACAAUUGACCCAAAAGGUUUGACAUCCCUGAUAAAUGACAUAGAAACUAAAAUGGUGAUGUAAUUGUCCCAUCAAUAAAUAUAACUUUGUUUUUGGUAAUAUACCAAUAUGGGAAUAAAUGAUAGGGCCCUCGAUCAUCAAAAUGUCUGUGAACAUUAUUAAAUAUUAAGUGUUUUAUAUAAAUUGAUAUUAUAUGUUUUUUUGCAUUAUUAUAUUAUCUGCUGUUUUUUCUUUAUAAAUCUUUGGAUUCAAAUGCAUAACAUGGCUAUAAAUCUUUAAUGUAUUCAACUUAUUAGUAAAAUAUUGAAAAUCAGAAAAAAAGGCAAAAUUUGCCAAACAAACCACCAUUCAGUCGUGUUGUUAUUAAAUUGUCAAUUUUGUGUUGUAAGAAUCAUUGUAAGUCAAAAAAGAAGAAAAAGUUGGUAUUGAAUUCCCUUAACAUAUUUUUAAUAAAAAACAAAUUAAUAUAUCCUCAACACCAUAAAUAUUUAAGAUUUCCUAAGUUAUUAUUAAAAUUACAGUGGUUACUAAGGGAACAAACAAGUAGUAUACGUAUACUUAGUAUAGUAGUACCUAUCUAUAAAUCAUUGUUUCUUUAUUAUAGAUUUGUGUAAGUGUUUGACUAAUUUUACUAAAAAAUGAAUGUUUAUCAUUAAAAAUUUUAAUUUUAAGUUUAUUUUUUAAAGGAUUAAUAUGAUCUUUAAGUUAAAUUUGAAGUUGUUGAAUGUCAAUCGUCGAUCUGUUGAUUUAGAAUGGAACAAGCCAGAAGAUGUUCUAAAGCCCCUGUUCAAAUUGGUUAUGAAUGAUAACAAUAAAAAUUCUAUGGUUAUAUAUAGAGGAUUUCAUAAUUAUUUCUGUGUUAAAAAUUUAUCUGGUGGCCAUCAUUACAAAUUUAAGCUGCAGAUGGAGUCACAUAAUCCAAGUUCAGAGAAUUCAGUGUUUGAGAUAGCUACAGUCAGUUGUACUACAAAAAAUGAUUGUCCAAGUAUCACUGCAUUUCAUCAUAGUGCCUAUCAAAAUUUACCAUUGCUCUUUCAGGAGUUCUUAGAUACAAGAGCUCAUGAUAUAAACAUAUACAACGAGUUGGGUGAAUGUGGUUUGUCCAAAGCAUGUGCAGCUGGCCAUAACGAUAUGGUACUUACUCUGUUGCAAUAUGGAGCAGAUGUGAAUUUACCAAAUUUGUACACCAAAAUUACGCCGUUGAUGACCGCUGCUUACCAUGGUCAUGGAGAUAUAAUAAGAAUAUUAGCUCGCAAUGAUGCCGACUCUAGUUUAAAAGAUAUAAAUUUAAAAACAGCACUUCAUUAUGCAGUAGAUGGAUCUCAUAAUAACGCAGUUAAGAUGCUUCUGGAAGGAAAUUGGGGUGAUGUAAAUUCAGUAGACUCUAAAGGUUGGACUCCAUUAAUGAGAGCAGUAUUGAUGUUUGCCAAUUUGGAUGUGAUCAAAACCCUAAUUUCAUAUGGUUCAGAUUUAAGUAUUAAAGAUAAAAAUAAUCAAGAUAUUUGGCAGUUGGCUCAUUUAUCAAAUAAUUGGAAAGCCUUAGAAAUAUUACCAGAUUAAAUUAUGAGGUUUUC